AUGUGGGAUCGUUUCAAUAUCCCGACCUCCAACCCUUAUAACCACCACUCCUGUGAACAGCGAGGAGAAGGAGAAUUGUCGGGAACGGUGGGAGAGGACACGUUGUCGAUUGGCGGUGGAGUGAUCGAGAUCUUGGGUCAGUCGUUUGGAGAAGUUGUACAGGAACAUGGAGGCGGGUUGAAAUCUGCAUUGCGUGAUGACCAAGUGGAUGGAGUUCUGGGCUUGGGGUUUGAUGCUCGCGCGGCGACGGGGCGACCGUUUUUGUUGAAUUUGGUUGAUCAGGAUCUUUUACAGCGUGCGGUCUUUGGCGUCUACCUCAGUCGACACGACAACGAUGAGGAGGAGGGCGAUGAUGAGGGUACUAUAGGAGGAAGUCAAUUGACGCUGGGAGGAUUGGACCCGGCCCACCGACUUGUUGAUAUCCAAUGGCACGAGGUGACUCGUACGGCACAGGGGCAAUGGGCGAUCGAGCUGACGGCGUUUGCGUUACGACGGGAGGCCUUUGAAAUUGAUGGUCAGGCCGUUAUCGACACUGGGUUUCCGUACAUCGCGCUAACGCGUUACCAGGCCGAGAUGAUCAACCUCCAGAUUGGGGCGUCCGAGACUUCACCGGGUAGUGGAGUGUAUGAGUUGCCCUGUAGGAAUGUUCCGACACUGUUCGAUUUCAUUAUCUUGUUUGGGUUGGAGGAGUAUCAGCUCAAGGGUCAUGAGUAUGUCCUUCGACCCACCAGCAAGGAUGAUGGAAGGAGUGGCGUUGAAGGGUUGAGGAGGACGAGGAAGGAAAUGUGCCAGAGCGCGAUUAUGGGAAUGGACUUUUCGAAAGAGUCGGGGGUCAUUGCGGUGUUCGGACAGGUGUUUAUGAGAAAGUACUACAGCACAUAUGAUCUUGAGGACCACAAAAUCGGUUUUGCUUUGGCUAGUUGA